AUGUCCUCGGAAUAUGAAGACGUGUUGACAAAUCAACCUGUCGUUAUUGAUGGUGGAUCUGGAGUUAUAAAAGCAGGAUUUGCUGGCGAUGAUGUUCCAAAAUGUUAUUUCCAAUCCUAUGUUGGUCGGCCUAAACAUGUUCGCGUUAUGGCUGGUGCUGUUGAGGGAGACGUAUUUAUUGGACGUAAAGCUCAAGAAUUACGUGGUCUAUUAAAAAUCAAAUACCCGGUCGAACAUGGUGUGGUGACCGAUUGGGAUGAUAUGGAACGUAUAUGGAAAUAUAUUUAUGAAGAAGAAUUGAAAACUGCUUCUGAAGAGCAUCCCGUCCUCCUUACCGAGGCUCCACUCAAUCCACGAGCUAAUCGAGAACAAGCGGCUCAAAUGUUUUUUGAAACAUUUAAUGUACCAGCAUUGUUCACAUCUGUGCAAGCAGUCUUAAGUUUAUAUUCUUCUGGUCGAACUACUGGGAUUGUCUUGGAUUCCGGAGAUGGUGUGACACAUGCAGUUCCCGUGUACGAAGGAUUUGCACUUCGUCAUGCAAUGCGUCGAGUAGACAUUGCUGGACGAGAUGUAACAGAAAAUCUGCAACUACUGCUUCGAAAAGCCGGUUACCAUUUUCACACAACAGCCGAAAAAGAAGUAGUACGAAUGAUCAAAGAGAAAGUGUGUUACAUCGCGCUAAGUCCUACCAAAGAGGAAAAAGAUAAUGCUGGAAAAACAGAAGAGUAUCCUCUUCCUGACGGACAUGUUGUCAAAUUGGGAACUGAACGGUUCCGAGCACCAGAAAUUUUGUUCAAUCCCGAUCUGAUUGGCCAAGAGUAUCCUGGCAUCCACCAACUUGUGGUUGAUUCGGUUCAUAGAGCCGAUCUUGAUUUACGAAAGGCGUUGUACAAUAAUGUAGUGUUAUCGGGCGGGUCAACACUCUAUAAAGAUUUUGGAACACGAUUGUUAAAUGAACUAAAAAAAUUAGCUGUCAAAGAUAUCAAAAUCAAAAUAUAUGCACCACCUGAAAGAAAGUAUAGCACGUGGAUUGGUGGUUCUAUAUUGGCUGCAUUAAGCACUUUCAAAAAGAUGUGGGUCUCCGCUGAAGAAUAUCAAGACGAUCCGGACAUUAUACACAAGAAAAGCUUUUAA